UAUACCUUUCUUGUACAUUCAAGUUAAUAAAUCAAGAUUAUCACAAAGUAUUUCCGCUGUGCAUAACUUAGCAAUAUAUCAUUUUACAAAGCGAAGGUUGAGAUAUGGGGCAAAUAUCAAGAGACGGGACCAAGGGAGUAACCUUCAUAAUCUGAUUCCCACUUCACACAUCCAAAUAUUCUAGUAAAGUGCACACCCUUUUAACUUUAACCUUUAUGCUGCUCCCACUUUUCCUCCUACUGUUCUUCCCACUAAAUUCCUCCAUUAGACCUCUUUUGACCUCAAUAUUCUUCCUUUCUGAUUCAAUUCACCAAAAACAACAGAAAAAACAUGAAUCUUUAUGGUUUUAACCCAGAAAUAUCAUACCCUUUUCUGGGUGAUGAAGAAAAUGCUGAACCAUCAUUUCCAAGUUACAAUCAUCAAUUUGGAAAUAACAUUGCUAACAAUAGUAACAACAAUAUUUCUGAUCAAUUUCAUGAGCAUACUUUUUUUGAUGAAUGUCAAAUACAUGUCCCAAAUAAUUUGGGAAAUUUACUACCAAAUGACCCAACAGAAAUCCCUGCAAUCCCAGAUACUUGUUUUAAUUACAUAAAUGAUCUUUUACGGGAAGAAUAUUGCUCCCCAGAUGAUAAUUUUCAUACCCCAAAUUCAACCCUUGAAGAUUAUAUGGCUGCUCAAUUGUCCUACAACAAGUCCUUAGAUGCUGCCCUUCAUCUUGGUGAGAAUUUUUCAAUUUCAUUUUCAGCUAAUCAUGAUUAUAUGCAUAAUCAAUGCCCUCCUCCUGAUAUUUGUCAGACAUCUCCCCAUUGCUUAGAUGAUUACCUUGAUAUGUUUUCUAGCAAUAAUAACAUUAAUAUUCCAUUUUCCUAUGCCCCUAAUUUUGGUAAUAAUGAUAAUUUUGGGUCUACUUUUGUUAGAAGUUCACCCAUGAAUGAAUCAAUAUCCCAUGGGGCCGGUCUGAAUCCGGCCCCUGGGGAUUUGAUUGGGGGAGGAGGAGGAGAGUCGAUCCACUUUUAUGAGGUUGGUUUUGGAUUUAUAAUAAAUGACAAUAAUUAUCUUUUUCAAGACCAAGUGAGUGGUCAUAAUGUAAGCACAGUGGAGAAUUUAGAAGCACCAAUAUGUGAAAAAGGUGAUCAGAGUUAUACUGAUAGUACUAGGAGAAGGAAGCAUGAUAUUGAAGAAAAUGGUGAUCAGAGAAAGAACAAGAAUAUAGCACCUUGUAAUGAUGAAGUUAUUGAGCAAAUUGAGCAAUAUGGUGAUGUGAUACUCUGCCCUGAAGGUAGAAGUAAGCCAGGUGCACUGUGUAAUAGCAGUAGCAGGACACAGAAUUCAGGUGAUUCUUCGAAGGGCUCGAAGAAACGAGGCAAUAACAAGGUACAGGCUCCUGAUUUGAGGGGGCUUUUAACGCGGUGUGCUCAAUGUGUCGCGCAGGUGAGCUUAUCUGGUGCUUAUGACAUGCUUAAGCAGAUUAGGGAACAUUCAUCACCUUAUGGAGAUUUCCUACAAAGAGUUGCUCAUUAUCUUGCUAAUGGCCUUGAGGCGCGGCUGGAGGGAAAAGGGUUGGAAUUGACUCAUGCUAAUGAGGAGAUUUCUCCGUCUGAGGUGCUUAAAGCUAAUCGGAUUUAUGUUGCAUCAGUACCGUUUCAGAUAAUGUCUUAUUACACUAUGAACAAGACAAUUGCUAGACUAGUUGAGGAAGCACCAAGUAUUCACAUAAUUGAUUUUGGGAUUUAUUAUGGUCUUCAAUGGCCUUGCAUAAUUCAGAAUCUCUCCAAGAGGCCUAAUGGUCCUCCAAAGAUACGAAUCACCGGGAUUGACUUCCCUCAACGUGGUUUCCGGCCUGCAGAAAGGGUUGAGGAGACAGGGAGGUGUUUAGCCAAGUAUUGUGAGAAGUACAAUGUGCCCUUUGAGUAUUAUCCGAUAGCAAAGAAAUGGGAGGAUGUACAACUUGAAGAGCUAAAGAUUGAGAGAAAUGAGCCUCUUGUGGUAAACUGCUUGUACAGGGCACACUUACUAUUUGAUGAAAGUGUAGAGGAAAACAGUCCAAGGGAUGCAUUUUUGAAAUUGGUUAGGAAAAUCAAUCCUGAUAUAUUCAUUCACGCGGUUGUGAAUAGCACAUCGAGUGUUCCAUUCUUCCUAAAUCGAUUCAAGGAGGUCAUGUUUCAUUACUCAGCCUUGUUUGAUAUCUUCGAGUCUACAAUGAGUAAGGAAGAUAAUGAGAGGUUGUUACUUGAAAGCAAGCUAUACGGGCCUCAAGCAUUGAAUAUAAUAGCAUGUGAAGGUAUAGAGAGGGUUGAGAGGCCUGAAAGCUAUAAACAAUGGCAAGUUCGGACUCAAAGGGCAGGGUUUGAGCAAGUAGGAUUAGACCGCGAAUUAUUGAGAAGAGCAAGGGCUAUGGUCAAGAGGAGCUUUAGUGAAGAGUUUAGCUAUGAUGUAGAUGGAAACUGGGUGGUCCAAGGAUGGAAAGGGAGGAUCUUAUAUGCCAUUUCUUGUUGGAAACCUACUUAAAGAGUUCUUGUUUUUGUAUGUUUUUAGCUGAGUUUAUUGUCAAUUGUCAUAUUACUGACCAUUUUGUACAAUUGCAUUGUGUAGAUGGUAGAUAGUAAGCUUUUAAUAGGUGAUAUUAUAUUGUUAUUUGUUAGUACUCCCUCUGUCCCAUAUUAUACUUUCUGCUUUUUUAUUUUGGAGAAUCAAAAUGUUAUUUCUAUUUCUAUUUUUGAAUAUUAUAUAAAGACCAUUAUACUCUAAUUUUUUUAAAAAUUUAUUCAUUUUACUUCCUAAAUUACCCUUAAAUUUUCCACUUGUUUUGUACUUUUUUCCACUUUCUCUCUCUAACUUUUGUCUAUAAUUGUU